AUGGCUGUGGUCGAUGUAAUCAAAUCAUGCCAUGAUUCCAUUACUCAAAUAUCAGAGCAUGUUGAAGGUGCCAUUCUUUAUCUUGAUUCUGGAUGCACGGAAAGUUUCCAAUUUGCUGGAGCAUUUCCCGUGCUACUCGACCUUGGAGUGAGAGCUAUUUGCAGCCUGGAAAAUAUGUCUUCUCUUGAUUCGGUGGUUAAUUGGAACCCAAAUUCUGACUCUGCUUGGAAAAUUGUGGUUAUGACAUCUCGUGUUCUGAGUGAUGCACAUCGAUAUAUUCUGCGUUGCUUGAGUACACAUCAAGGUGUCCAUCGUUGUACAGUCUUUACAUCUAUCCCUGAGUUAGCCCAAUCAGCAUAUCCUGAUUCACCUCUGGGACCAGAUGCAUUCCAUGAAUAUGAAACCUUGCUUCUUCAAGAUUAUGAGGAGAUUGUGAAGAAGAGUCAGAAAAAUUUUUCGCACUCAGAGAAUAGCAACUGCCAGGAAAGUUUAACCUUCGAAGAUGAAGGAUGGUCACGGCUCACAUCCAGUGAAGAAGAUGUCCCUCACCGUGAAGCUAGUUCAAGUGGGAAGAUUUUAUUUGGAGAUAGCAAUACAGAAUAUUUAGGGCAAAAAUUGGUCAUUUCAGUGCAUCACUUUCCCUUGAUUUUGUGUCCCUUUUCUCCUAAAGUCUUUGUGUUGCCUUCAGAGGGUUCAGUUUCUGAAGCAUACUUGUCAGCCAAACAUGAGGAUUCUCUUAGCCCUGGAUUGCCUCCUAUAAGUACUGGAGUGCCUCCUGAUGGUGACGAUGUUGCUCCUGGGGCCCUACUUACAGCACAUUUUUUAUACCAUCUGGCUGCUAAGAUGGACUUGAAAAUGGAAAUAUUUUCCCUUGGUGAUUUAUCAAAGACUGUUGGGAAGAUUAUGACAGACAUGUCAAGUCUUUAUGAUGUGGGGCGCCGUAAACGUUCUGCUGGGCUGUUACUCAUUGAUCGCACACUUGAUCUCCUUACUCCAUGCUGCCAUGGGGAUUCACUUGUUGAUCGUAUGUUUUCAUCUUUGCCCCGAAGAGAAAGAACAACAUCCUAUUCCUACAUGAAAGGCUCAAAAACCCAACUCAAACUUGUUCCUUCUAGCCUACAACGUGUACCUCUUGAUGUUCAGAUACCACUAGGAAAAAUAUUACAAGAAGAAGAAUCCAAUGUAAAUGAUUCUCAGCUUGCAGAAAGAAUUGAAGCUUUUCUAGGGGGGUGGGAUGCCUGUAAUUCUCAUCCUGAAACUUUGGACAUAGUAAAUCUCUGCAAUAGAGUUGAUGAUGGGAAGUCCUCUUUCUCUGAGAUUCAGCUGCUCAAUGGAUCCUUUGUUUCCUCUGAAACAUUUCGUGGAACACCAUACUUGGAAGCUAUAUUGGACAGAAGAACAAAAGAUGGAGCAGUGCUGGUAAAGAAAUGGCUUCAGGAAACACUGCGUUGGCAAAAUAUCACUGCUAAUGUAAAAGUUCGUCCUGGUUUUGCUAAAAAAUCGGAGUUGCAACCUAUGAUUAGAGCGCUGGCAAAAAGCCAGUCAUCAUUAAUCAGAAAUAAAGGAAUAAUUCAGCUAGCAGCAGCUCUACUUGUCACGCUUGAGGAAUCACAUAGCACCAGAUGGAAUGCAUUUGUCAGCGCUGAGAAAAUAUUGAGUGCCACCGCAGGAGAUACAAGCCAGAGUCUUGGCGCUCAAAUAGGUGAUCUUAUCCAUAAGAGUACCAUGCUGGGAUCGGGGGAGAGAAGAAUACAGAGCAUUUGCAAGGUGGGAUAUAUUUUAGCUGGUGAGAAUUUCCCUACAUCUGGGUCUGUCAGCCCAUUUUCUUGGCAAGAGGAGCAUUUUCUAAAAGAAGCUAUUGUGGAUGCGAUUUUCGAAAAUGCAUCAGUAGUGAAACUUAAGUUUCUCGAUGGUUUAACAGAAGAACUUGAGGCAAACUUAAACAGAAAAAAGUCUCAGGACACAAUAGAAGCAUCGCCAGAUCAGUUAGAAUUUGAUGAUUUUGAUGAUGAUGAAUGGGGCAAAUGGGGUGACGAAGAAGAAGAUGAUAAGAAUAAUAAAGAACAGGCAUAUAGUGACAUGCAACUAAAGUUGGAAUUGCGUGACAGGGUGGACAACCUUUUCAAAUUUCUUCGCAAGUUAUCUACUCUGAAGAGGAGGAAUGUAUCACUGAGGGAAGGGACAUUUUCUUUGGAAAGUAACUUCACUGGUGAUUCUGACUCCAAUAAGAGUUUAAUCUAUAAGCUUCUGACCAGAGUAUUGGGCAAGUACGAUGUACCCGGCUUGGAGUACCAUUCUUCUACCGUGGGGCGACUUUUUAAAAGUGGCUUUGGAAGAUUUGGUCUUGGACAGACAAAACCAAGUCUUGCUGACCAAAAUGUCAUAAUGGUUUUCGUUGUUGGGGGCAUCAAUGCGGCUGAGGUACGGGAAGUUCAAGAGGCAUUAUCUGAGAGUGGAAGGCCUGACAUAGAAUUGAUUCUUGGUGGAACAACAUUUUUAACACCUGACGACAUGCUUAUGCUACUAAUGGGGGACUCUAGCUACUUGACCUUAAACACAAAGGUCGCUAAUAGCCUUAACAAUACCAAUGGCAUCCGAUUCGAUUUGGACCUCAUUCAACCUCUCCUGUUAGCUGCCCAUAGCAGUGCUUCUCUGCAUGGAGUGGCUUCUGCUUUACAAGUGGAAAGAGCACAACAGCUUGAUGUUUUGUCUAUUUCCAUCGAUGGAGUUCAACUCCCAAUCUCAGGUUAA